UUUCAGGUGCCACAUUCGGUCAAGUCAUCCUUAGGAAAUUUCACCCCGGCUUCUCUGACCUCUCGGCCUCAUCCACCGCCCCGCCGCUCCUUCCCUUCGCUCUCCCAUUCUUCUCCUUCCUCAAGUCGCUCUCCCAUUCUUCUCCUUCCUCAAGAACGUGUACUGUGCUCCGGCGGUCAGGUUGCCGGCGAAGGAGCUCCGAUCAUCCCUCUGGCGAACCGUUCUCUCACUCGCCCAUGCGAUCUCAGUCGGCUAGCCGGCGCCUCCGAUCUCAUCUCCGUGCUCCGAUCCCCUUGGUUCAUCCACUCAAUGAGUUUUUAGCACUCCAGUCAUUUCUAUGUAGUUUCAAUGAUGCAGCCAAGUAUUAUAUGGACUUACGAUCUUGGAAUUUAAUAUAAAUUGAUUCAGUUGAGUUCCAGAAUGGCCACAGAUUGGUUGCAUGGUGAAGUUUUAAAGGCUGUCUUUCCUCUACUUGAUGGUAAAGACCUGGCCUCGUGCAUGCUGGUAUGCUGUCGGUGGAGAGAUAUUGCUAAGGAGGACUACUUUUGGAAGUGCGCUUGUGCCAAGAGAUGGCCUUCUAUCUGCAGAAGACCUCUUCCUGCCCUUGGCUACUACAAGCUUUUCAAAACCUUCUCCAGACCCCAGCGCCCCCAGCCUCUUCUCCCACCAAGGUUAUCCUUCAAUGAUUUAGAAUUCUACAUCGACCUUUGGUCUGAACAGAAGCUGAUCUUCUCUGAAGCCAUCUCAGGCUCUAUGCUCCGGACAGGAAUAAGGAACCCACCUCCUGGCAUAUCUGAUAUCCUCAAGGUGCACCUCAACGGCCCUGAUUACAAGAUGGUAGUGCAAGCGGAGCCAAGGUUCACUAUUACUUUGGGGAGUACCAUCACUGUGUCGGUUCUUGUGGGUCGCAAGGAUACCAAUCAGAUUGCAUGCAUCAUAAGAGAUUCUGUCUUUGAUUAUGUUGAUGGCAGUGCUUUCAGAGCACUUGCCUAUGCCUAUCUCAAUUUUUCACCCGGACAUCCAUUCAUAUCUGGAAUUAGAGCUUGGGUAUCCUUGCUGUUUGUGGCCAAUGGUAAUGAGAAUGCCAUUGAUGUGUUUGGCAUUGAGAUAGACUUCUGUGAUGCUGCAAGCAAAGAGCAUGAAGUAUUGUGGCUUCUUGACAUGCUUGAUUGGAAGUGACCACUGAAUUUUGCUUCUGCCUGUAUAUAGAGGCAACCUUUUAAUUAAAUGGUGUGUUAAGAAUGGUAUAUAUUUAUUAUUUUGUAACUUAUGUUCAAAGAUUAUUGCUAUUUUUGUAUCGGCAGUUACUUUGUGGAGAUCCAUUUAUUACUUGGUGCAGAAAAUAUCGAGCAAGGCCGAGCUGGUAAACCUGUGCUUUGCACCCAAGCUCGAGAACCCUGGUAUGCCUUGACUGCACUGUCCUGCA